AUGGAUUGGAUGGAGCCGAUUCCAGCGUUGUUCCUCUUUAUCCUUAUGGUUUCCUUUGUUUUGAAACUGGGCACUUUCUGGAACAAGAGCUCCCAAAAUCUUCCACCAGGACCAAGGCCUUUACCUCUCAUUGGGAAUCUCCACAUCAUGGAUCUCAAGAGGCCUCACAGAACCAUGUUAAAGGUAAAGAUUCCAGUUCUUCCCAUGGCAAGGCUGAAGGGUACUGGGGCAGCCCAAUCAGAUGAGCGGAGUAGAAAAUUAGUAUUAUUAUUAUUAUUAAUAUCAAUAAUGCAUUACAUUUUGUUCUUUUAGAGCCUAUAAAUCUCAUCUCCCCUUUGUGUGCUACAGAACCACCUCUUAACUUUCCCAAUCAUAGGACCUAGUUGCAUUUUAUAAUUGGUAAUUUGAACAAGGUGUUUGGUGUCGAAUCCCGUUUGACUCUGCCUCCAUUUUCAAGGAUUCAAAAGUGCCAAUGCAAACCUUGCCUAGCCCAGCCUCCUCCUUCAGCUUUUCUUUCUAAACUAGAUUUGAGAGGUGCCAUUAAAGGUAUAAUCACUUUUAUCCUUGCAACUGCCUGAUUUGUUCUGGUUUUCUGAUUAUUCCUAGCAAAUAUUUGUUCUGCCACAACUGAAUAAUAAUAAUAAUUUAUUAUUUAUACUUUGCCCAUCUGGCUGGGUUUCCCCGGCCACCCAACAGACUAAGAAUAUGAUAAAACAUCAAACAUUAAAAACUUUCCUUAAAAGGACUGCCUUCAGGUGUCUUCUAAAAAUCAGAUAGUUGUUUAUUGCCUUGACAUCUGAUGGGAUGGCAUUACACAGGGCAGGUGCCACUACCGAGAAGGCGCUCUGUCUGGUCCCCUGUAACCUCACUUCUCGCAGUUAGGGAACCGCCAUAAGGCCCUGAGCCCCAGACCUGAGUGUCCAGGCUGAACGGUGGGGGUGGAGACGCUCCUUCAGGAUACUGGGCCGAGGCCAUUUAGGGCUUUAAAGGUCAGCAUCAACACUUUGAAUAGUGCUUUGAAAUGUACUGGGAGCCAACGUAGGUCUUUCGGAACCAGUGGUAUAUUGUCUCAGCAGCCACUCCCAGUCACCAGUGUAGCUACCGCAUUCUGGAUUUGUUGCAGUUUCCGGGUCACCUUCAAAAGUAGUCCCACAUAGAGCACAUUGCAGUAGUACAAGCAGGAGAUAACUAGAGCAUGCACCAUUCUGGCAAGACAGUCUGCUGGCAGAUAGGGUCUCAGCCUGCGUACCAGAUGGAGCUGGUAGACAGCUGCCCUGGACACAGAAUUGACCUGCGCCUCCAUGAACAGCUGUGAGUCCAAAAUGAAUCCCAGGCUACACAUCUGGUCCUUCAGAGGCACAGUUACCCCAUUCAGGACCAGGAGUCCUCCACACCUGCCUGCCUCCUGUCCCCCAAAAACAGUACUUCUGUCUUGUCAGGAUUCAACCUCCAUCUGUCAGCCACCAUCAAUCCUCCAAUCGCCCCCCGACACUCACACAGGACCUUCACCGCCUUCAAUGGUUUUUAUUUAAAAGAGAGGUAGAGCUGGUUAUUAUCCGCAAACCCCACAAGUGAGAGCCCAGGGGCCUGAACACUCAUCCCCCAACACCACUUUCUGGAAACGGCCCAGGAGAAAGGAGCGGAACCACCGUAUAACAGUGCCCCCAGAUCCCAGCCCCUCUAGACAGUCCAGAAGGAUGCCAUGGUCGAUGGUAUCAAAGGUCACAGAGAACCAGCAGAACUAGGAAACAGCUUUCACCUUUGUCCUUAGCCGGCCGGAGAUAAUCGAGCAGCACAACCAAGGCAGUUUCAGUCUCAUGAUGAGGCUUGAAUCCCAAAUGGAAGGGAUCCAAAUGGACCGCAUCCUCUAGACAUUCCUGGAGUUGUUCAGCAACCACCCGCUCAAUUACCUUGCAAAAGAAUGGAAGAUUUGAGACUGGGUGGUAGUUAAUGCAGUAUUGGUUCUGUCAGAGAGGAUUUGCAUUAAUAUAUUCUUUGGGUAUGCCAGAACUCUGUUUCUCAAUUUUUCUUCUGUUGAAUUCCAGUUGUCAAAGCAAUAUGGCCCUGUCUUCAGCAUCCAACUGGGACCCCAGAAAACUGUGGUGUUGACAGGAUAUGAGACAGUAAAGGAGGCUCUGGUUAAUCAGGCGGACGCAUUUGCUGACAGGCCCAUCGUUCCAUUAUUUCAAGAGCUUGCACAAGGCUUUGGUGAGGCACCUCCCUUUCUAUUGGAACUGGUAAUGCUUACAAACACACACUGGUCCCACCAGGUGAACACAAUAUGUUCCCAAGAAAUGUUUGUAAGAAAUAGUUUGUAAGAUGAGUGUUUGCGAAGCAAGUCAUCGAAAUCCAUUGUUUCUUGUGGGGGAAAUCCUUGUGAAUUUUUCAACCCACCUCAGUGCCUUUGACAUUGACAGAGUAUCUGCAGGCAUUAGGCUGAGAAUGUGUCACAAAAAGUGUCACCUGUGGAUUUCUGCAGAUCAAGCUAAAAUGUUAAAAAGAGUGGACCAGGUCUUGACUUUCAGUGGAUAAGUGGUGCUCUGUUGAAGAAACAGAAAUGGAGACCAUUUAAAGCAAACCUUUCCCAUUCCCACCUUCUUCCAUAUUGUAGAGUGGGAGUCAUAUUGUAGAGGUGGGGGAGAAUGAGACAGGAGGAUUGUGAAUAAUAGUCACAUGGAAAAGUAAUGCCACACACCAAGGGGAAACUGACUGACCAUUUUCUGGCCUAGCCUACACAGAGAGGAUAAAUUAAGAAGGCAUAAUGUAAUACAAAUAACAAGCUGAGUUCUGCUUGGCCUGACAUGUACAAACCACCCUCUACUCUAUCCUACACUUAGUAGGGGAAAAUAUUGUUCAAUGUGUUCUCAGGUCUUGCUCUGAUGGCACAGCUGCCAGCUACUUUGUCAAAGCUCAGAAGUCUGAGUCUGAAUGGGAGAAUAGCUGGGAUCCAUUCUCAGUUCCAUGGAAGAAAUGCAGAACACAAUUUAUUGAUUCUUUGUUCACUGGCCAUACAAACAUGAUACCUUUCUUCCCGUCUCUUCAGGUGUAAUUCUGUCUAAUGGUGAGAACUGGAAAGUGAUGCGGCGGUUUGCUUUAAGCACAUUACGGGACUACGGAAUGGGAAAGAGGACCAUAGAGGAUAGAAUUGUUGAGGAAUGCAGUGUCCUGAUAAAGAAAUUUGAAUCUUACGAAGGUGGGUUGGUGUUUUCCUCUGGUGCAUAGCUACACUACCAUAGUUUAAAGGUGCCAAGACUAUUGUGUUACAUAUUCCUAAAUUCCAGAAGCACAGAUCCCAAGGUUCCCUGCAAUUGGUCUGUUCCUGUAAUGUGCAGAUUGCACUGCAACAACUCCUGUGACUUCCAAGCAUUUCUUAGCCCAGCUAUGGCCGCAUCCGGCAACACUUAGGAUCAGUUUAUUUGUUAAAUGAGGUCUACACAUAGGGAAGCUGCCAGGAGGGAUUUAAGGCAACAAAGAACAGACUUAAAAACAAUGCCCUUUCCAUACUUUGAAUUUCUGUGGGGAUGUUCAGGGAGGCAGGAGGGGAUAUAUUGUUUAAUUAUAUCUCCCAACUUGCGUUAGCAGAGGAAACAGGAAGUUUUCUCCUGGCUGGUAGAAAGCACCCCAUAGCAUGUCCAUUCUAGGAAUGUUGUACUUGACUCCUAUGUGUUUUACAUCCCACAUUUUAAAAAAUGUAUUUUUGUUUAACUGUCAUAUUUAUGUAUAGGAAACCCAUUUGAGACCACAACAAUUAUGAAUGCAGCUGUUGCUAAUAUUAUAGUGGCCAUACUACUAGACAAGCGAUUUGAUUAUGAAGAUCCCACAUACAUAAGACUUCUGAAGUUGGUCAAUGAAAAUGUCCGGCUUUUCGGAAGCUUUUCAGUCACGGUAAUCUAUUUUUUCCAUUUUAAACAAACAAACAGUUGAUUAUAAUAACGGUGUAUGCAAAGUGGGCAGGGCAACCUGUUUAUUGUAUAUUGUUCACGAUUCACUACAAAACACAAAAUGAUAUUGUGAGAAACCUGGUGGUGAUUCGAAAUAUUUAGAAAACUCAUACGGCACAGUCAUCCCGUAACUUUGCACAAACCCUUUCUGGCCUGAUUGCAGUCAGGACUCCAAGGACAAGGAAGAACAAGUGACAGUCAUCUCGUAACUACAACAAAGUCUCUUUUGCAAACACGUGUCAGCGAAGCUCAGAUUCUGACAGGAGGAGAAGAAGCAGGCACAGGGAGAGGACAGUUAACAGCAGAAAGCAGAGAGGAGGAGGAAAGCAGCUGUAAUCUGAGCUCUGACCAAAGGGACAGACAGAGGUGUGAGAACUCCAAUAGUGGGCAAGACAUUGGAAUGCAGGAAAUACUCUCUGCCAAAUCUCGUAGGAUUUCAAAAGUGGCAGAGCUGCGUGAAAGAUACCGGAAGAAAAGGCAGGGGCUUCCGUUCUGGGGAAGGGGGAGGAGCUCAGUCUGGGCGACUGCAUCUUCUGGGGAGGACGAUGAGUAGAGGAGCUCCGUCCUAGUUUGUUGUUUUAGCAGUUAACAGCCAGUGUUGUCUUGCAUUUGUGGGAGAGACCAAGCUGUAACAACACGCUUCCUGGCCUCACUGCCAUCGGGACUCCAAGGACAAGGAAGAAGAAGUGAUUGUUUGUUCCAUGAUGGCUCAGAAGGGGCCUCCAAGGGCAGAUCUCCCUCUCUGAAGGCAAGAGAACUGCCAUAGCAUAUUAUUUUGGGGUUGCACAUAAAUUAUGCUACGCUGAGGUAGCCCUAACCCCAUUCCAAAUGGCAUUCAAGAGUUUUGUUUUGUAUUUGGGCAGUCAUGCUCUGAGAGACCCAGCUGAGAGUACAAUACUGAGUUUUUCUAAUGUCUCUUUUUCUUUUUUCACAUUUUUAUCCUUUCAGCUGUAUAACAUGUUUCCUGCUCUUGGUUUUCUUUUGGGGGCUCGUAAGACUGUCAUCCAAAACAGAGAUGAGCUGUUUGCCUUCAUAAAUGCCACCUUCAUAAAACACCUCAGAGAUCUGGAUGAAAAUGACCAGAGGAGCUUUAUUGACUCAUUUCUUAUCCAACAGCAAGAGGUAAUGGAGUCUUUUAAGUCGGCCCAGAAUAAGCGUUGCCAUUUUCAAUUCAUGUUUUGAGGGCAUAUUCGCAAGUGAAUGCAUAAGUUGUAGUCAGGAAGUCUCACUUCAGAAGGGACCAACCUGGCAUACUUCCUCCCCUUUCCCAAUAGUCAGCCAUUGUUAAUGUGUUACAGAAGUUGCCUCUGCAAGGUAAAAGGUUGCAUGCUCAACAGCAUUUCUGGAAAAAAAUCCCUGAUCAAGAAAACAUGUAAUUAUAGAUAAUUAUGCAGUGAUGAGAGGUAAUCAAGUCAUAAAUAUUGGUUGCCAGACUCCCUUUUGAUACAAGGGGGGAUGGGAUAAUGCCUCAUGUGCUCAGAAGAAGGCGUUCUUUACACUGGAGGAGAUAGGAAGCUUUGAGGGUGGGGAGGCAUCUCAGAGGAAGGAAAAAACAUUGGCCCAUGCACUGACCAAUCAGCCUUAAAUUAGGGCUUCAGUUCUUUUAACCAUUACUAAGACUGGAAAUGAAUAUGAAUUGGAGUUUCUGCUUAUCAAUUAAUUAGCACCCAGAAAAGGAAACAGGUGGUUGGGUGAUGACAGAGUUCUAAAUAACAGGCUGGAAAUGAUUUCUAAAAUCUUAAACUAAUUACUGAUGAGUUUGAAAAGUUAAAGCAGAUAUACAGGCCUUGUGUGCUGGUCCCAUGGGUUACCCGAGAGGCGAGGUCCAAGUCCGGUCCGUGGUCAAAGACGCAACAUGGAGGCAGUCCGUAGUAGCUGAAGCUGGGUGCAGGGCAGGGAGUCGGGUGAAGUCAGGAGCAGGCAUGCAAGCAGGGAGACAGCGCGGGUCAUGAGCUCAGGCAGGAAAGCAGGACAAGGGCCAGGCAGGAACUAGCAACCAACAAUGUUGCUCCCGCAAGUUGGGACUGGGGCUGGCCGGCUUUUAUCUGCCCCGAGCCAUAGGGCGGCCCCAAUCCUCUGGUGACUCGCCUCUCUUGGCCUGGAGGCGAGCACUCCUCCUGCAGGAACCCUAUAUCAUCAUGAUGGCAUAGUCUGGAAAACCUGGAAUCUCUCACUACUUAGUGACUGGAGUGAUGUGCAAUGAUACUUUGGAUCAUCGGUUCCAGUCAGGUAUUCAUUUUUAUCUUUGCACAUGAAAUUUUCUCACUACAUUCGUUUUAAUCAGUUCAUACUCUUUGCAACCCAGGAGGAGAAGAAGAAGAAGACAAAUGCAUAUUUCCACAACGAAAACUUAAAAACUGUUGUGGCCAAUUUAUUUGCUGCUGGCAUGGAGACCACUUCUACCACACUGCGCUGGGGACUGUUACUAAUGAUGAAACAUCCUGAAAUUCAGAGUGAGUGCUUUUAAUUGGGUUGGCUCCCAUUAUUCUGAGAUAUCUUAAUUCCAGUUAUAUGUAACUAUUAGAGAGAUAAAAUAUUUAUAAUUUGCACACACACACAGACACACACACACACACACACAAUUGUUCAGUCAUAAGCUUAACAUUUCAACCUGCACUCCCUUCUCCCUCUUUCUGUGCUUCUUUACAUUUCAUUUCAUAUUACUGCAUACUCCAAAUUAUCUCAACAUAUUCUUUUAGAUAUAUAUUCCCGUAUAUAUCCAAUAGAUAUAUUGAAACUGCGGGUUUUUACAUUAAUCCUGCCAAUGUCUUAGUAUGUUUACAGUUUGUUUGUAAAUACGCAAUAAACCACUUCCAUUGCUUUCUAAAAAUAAUAAUAAUCUUUUUGUUUUGCCAUUUCUGCGUAGACCAUUCAUUUCUGUAUCCAUUCUUCUCUUGUCGGGACCUCUUCAUCGUUCCAUUUUUGAGCAAAUAAUAAUCUUGCAGCUAUGGUUGCAUAAAUAAAUAAAUUUGUAUAAAUUUAUAUAAAUUGCAUACAUAAAUAAAUUUCUAAAUAUUCUAUACUAAAUAAAUUUCUAGGUAGUUCUGAUCUCAUAAUUUCCAAAAGAAAAAGCUUAUGGUUUUUUAAACAUUGUUUUCAGUUCAUCAUAUAUCAUUUCCCAGUAAACUUUAACCUUAUUACAAGCCCACCACAUAUGAAAAAUAGUACCUUCUUUCUCUUUACGUUUCCAGCACAUAUUCAGUUUGGAUUUAUACAUUUAACCAAUUUACUAGGUGUCAGGUUCCAUCUAUGUAACAUUUUCAUAUAGUUGUCUCUUAAACUAAAACAUUCUGUAAAUUUUAUAUCCACAUUUGAUAAACUUUCCCAUGCCUCCAUUUCUGUAUUAUUACUAAUAUCUAUUGCCCAGUGUAUCAUUGAAGAUUUCACUUGUUCGUCCUUUGUCUCCCAUUCCAAUAAGAUCUUAUACAUUUUACAUAUCACUUUAACAUUACAGUUUAACAGGUCUCUUUCUCGUUGUGAUUUUCAUUCCCCAACCCCCCGCUUCAUAUCCCUUUUAAAUACUUCAUUCAAAUGAUAUUGUAACCAUGUUGUUAACAUCUCUGAUAAAUCUUUUUAAAAAAUUAAUUUACUGGUAAAUUCUCCAAAAGUGAAAGCCAUAGUGGUGUUUUGGUCUCCAGCAGGUUUUUAUACUUAUCCCAUACUCUAUACAUUUUUUUCCCCUGAUUAUAUGGUUUGUAAAUCCUUUAUGUACUUUCACAUUUUCAUACUUCAAGUAAGCGUGCCAACCAAAAAUAUUAUCAUGACCUUCCCAAUCUGAAAUAUGUGGAUUAUUCAAUAACAAUCAUUCCCUCAAACAGCAUACACAAGAUGCUUCAUAAUAGACUCUCAUAUGCAGCAGGAAAAAAACUCCUUUCUCUUUCAUCUGUCAAUUUUUUAUGUUUUAUUCUUAUUUUUCCUUGUCAGAUAUAUUUAGAAAUAUAUUUUUGCCAUUUGUUGAAACAAUUUGUCGUCCUGAUCACUGGUAUUGAUUGAAGCAUUCUAUGACCUUUUAAAAUGUGGUUUUUUUGUAGGGAGGUUAUUGGGUGGUUGUUUUUAUUUUGAUUAUGUAUUUUGUGGUUUUAUAUUUUGAUUUUAUUCUGUGAACCUCUGGAUAUAGGGUGGUAUAUACAUUCACUAAAUAAUAAUCAAUCAAUCAAUCAAUCAAUCAAAAAGAAUAUUGUCAGUAAUACAUUCAUUUUAAUUGUUGGAGUAAUGAAAGUUUCAUUCUCCUCCAUAUUUGCAAAUUUAUUUUAAUAUCCUCCCAAGUUUUUAAAUAAUUAUCCUUAUACAAAUUUAUAUUCUUGCUCUUAACCACACACCCAAAUAUUUAAUCUUCUUUUUACUCUUUAAGAUAGAUAAACUUUGUAAUUUAUUUUUACUCUCAUCAUUCAUAUUUUUUACCAGGAGUUUAGUUUUAUCUUUAUUAAUUUUAAUUUUUUUAAAAAUGAUAUUUAUUAAGCAUUUUAAAAUUACAGAAAAAACAAAAAAAACAAGGGAAAAACAAACAGCAAUCAAACAAUACAAAUCGAUAAAAAUCAAAAUCAAAGAGCAAAACCAAAACACAUAACACAUCAAAAUCAGAAAACAGAAGUAAACCACAAAAAUUUAAAAACAAAUCCAAUAUUCUCAAAUCCUUAACUGCCAUUACCUUAUUUCGUCGACCUCCUCACACCUCCCUUUUUUGUAUUCUAGUUAUUAAUUAUCACAGCAAAUCCUUCCCAUUUUUCAUAAUAUUCUGUCAUUAAAUUACCUUAAUCUAUUUUAACCUUAUCUUACAAUAAAAAACCCUAAAACUUUAAACUUAAAACUUAUUUAUACCAAUUUCUCAUAACCAUGACAUAUUCUUGCAUAGUUCUUUUUAACAUUUCUGCUAAAGCCAAAUAAUUUCGUUCCAACAUUUUUCUAAUACUCAUUAAUUUUACAAAACAAUCCUAAAUAAAAAAAAAUAAAAAAAAACUUUCUUCCAAUCUUCAUCCAACGUCUCUUCCUCCUGGUCCCGGGUUUUGUCAGUCCUUUCUAUCCCAUCCAUCUAGUUCAUUAACCUGGUAAUUAACCUGUCUGAGGCCCUUAAGUCUCUUCCAUGUCCCUUCCGCAGAUCUUCUUCAUCUUUAUACCUGUACUUUACUUUGUCUUCUGAUCCUUUCACUCGUGGAAACUCCAACUUGACAGUAUUUUUGUCCCUUCUCGACAGAUCAGCGCCUUUUCCAUAGUCCACACUGAACUCCAUGUGGUAUUUAAAAGCAUGUUUCAAGGUCCCUCCAGAGUUGAGGACCCCCACAACCCCAAACUCCUCACGGCCCAUUGCCAGACUUGAAAAGUCAAGACAUCCCUGCAUAGGGGGGGUCUAUCCAGCCCCCCAUCUCCAAACCAAACAAAACUCUGUCUCCCCAAAUCUGGCUUUUUCCAAGUUCAUUUGUCAGAUCCAACAACUCAUGUUCCUGCUGGGCCACAGCUCCCUCCAUCUCUGCCACCCGAGGUCCAGCAACAACCUCCUCCCUCAUCUGAUCUGUCAGAGCACACUCCUGAGUUGAUUCCUGGGUGGGCUCUAUAUAGAUACCCACUACCUGUCCAAAAUUUCUAAUCGCAACAGUCAUCAAAUCCGUCUUCUCAUGUAACUGUUCCAAUAAAGCACUUGUCUUGCAGAAAGCACACACCAGAGCCUCUGAAUACAUUGUUAUGCAAGGUCAGAAGUCUGUUCCCACGAUCUUAAUCUGUUUGCAGCUGCGAAGCUCCCCAGUUCAAAUUUAAUAACAGUUUCACAAGCUCCCUCUAGGGGAUGAACUUCUAUUUGUAUCAAUCUCUUUUCUUUCUUUUCUUUUUUUUUUAACAGCAGAUCUAACAACAAAGUUUCCUUUUUCAGAUAUUUUGUCAAUAUUUGUUCCUUUAAAAUGCGAAAGAGAACAAUGGAAUCACUAUGUUUCUCUUCUUUUAACUGUCUGUCAAAAACAUUUGUCUAUAGUCAAUGAACUUCCCAAAAACGUCUGUCCUGACACCCCGCUCCCAGGUUCAAGACGGUGGAAAAUUACUUUUCUUUACACUCUCUUCUGCAGGUUUAAACAGUCCGGAAAAAAUCCCCCCUCUUCUCCUGCUUCCGAAGGGGGUUCAGUAGUUUUAGAUGAUGAAAGUUGAUCCUUUAGAAACGAUUUUCUAAACUCUAGUUUGCCAUGUCUUUAUUAAUUUUAAGACCUGCUAUUUCUAAAUAAAUAAAUAAAUAAUCUUUCCCAAUGCCUUUGGGAUUGACUGUAUUGGUUCCUCAACAAAUAUCACCAAAUGAUCUGCAAAAUCUAUAUAUUGUAUUGUAUUAUAUUAUAUUAUAUUAUAUUAUAUUAUAUUAUAUUAUAUUAUUAUUCAUAUUGUCUCUUUCCUGCUUUUAUUCCCACUUAUUUGUUUCAUUACAUCUUAUUCUUUGUACCAAAACUUCUAAAACUGUUAUAAACAAUAAAGGUGACAGUGGGCAACCAUGUCUACUUCCUUUAGUUAUUUUACAAUUCUCAUUCAAUACAUUACUUACUGAUGGAUCAGUAUAUAUUGCCUUAACUCCUUUUAUAAAACUGUCUCCACAAACCAUAUAUUCCAAAGCCUUAAACAUAUAAAGUCCCAGGAAACAUUGUCAAAUGCUUUCUCAGAGUCUAAAUGCUUUCUCUUUUAAUACAGUUUUCAACCUAUUAGCUAAUAUGUCUGCAAACAUAUUUAUAAUCCUUAUCCAACAUCGAAAUAGGUCAAUAGCUCUUAACCAGCUUUGGAUCUCUAUUUUGUUUAUGAAUCAAUGUUAUGUAUACACUCUUCUGGGAUUUGGGUAACUGUCCUGUAUUCAAAGUUAUAAUCAGAAUAUCUUUUAAAGGUUGCAUUAGGUAAUCUUGUAAUUUUUUAAUAAUAUAUUGCUGAAACUCCAUCAGGUCCGGGUGCCUUCCCUAAUUUUGCCUGUAAAAUUACUUGCUGUAAAACCAUCAUUGUGAAAGCUCCAUUCAGAAAUGACAUUUCAACUUUUGGUAUCUUAAGCAGUCUGUUGUCUUCUAAAUAUUUACCCAUUUCUUCUACCUUAACUCAUUUGCCUUAAUAUGGUGCUGUAUAAAAACUCACAAAUUGAUCUAUUAUUUUUUUCAGAUUUUCCACAACUCUACCUCCUACCUUUAUUCUAUCAAUGCAGUUUUUUCUUCUUUCUUCUUUAUUUGCCAAGCUAAUAGUUUUCCUGUUUCUUGGAGGCAUAUAACUUCCAAGUUUAACUUCUUUACAACAUGAUCAAUUUUAUUCACUUAGUCUUAUUAUUUUGCUUAUUUACAUUCCCAGUUAGAAUUUUCAAAGCCAUCUUGUUCCAUAGUUAUUUCUCUUUCGCCUCCACCUCGGUUGAAUCUUCCUCUUCCUGUUCAAAUGCUCUUUCUCCAGCUAACUUUCCACCAUAUUUUCUCCAAAAUCUGUAUGGCUCGGUAGGAUCACGAAAUAUUUGGUUUUUACCAUUAUAUGUAAAAGAUACCACUUCAGGAUAUUCCCAGCAGUGAUAAUGUAAUAAUCAUCCUGGAUGAAUUGCCCUACAUCAGUAUAUCAGGUUAUUGGCUAAAAUGUUUUUCCUGUUUAAAAAAUACCAGUGUCACAUUCUAGAGUCUAAGUAUGUGAGUAUAUUCCCUGUUUAUUUUGCCUGUACCUCUGUUGACUCUUCCUCUUCCUGUCCUGCUUCCCUUCCAAAUGCUCUUUCUCCAGCUAAUUCUUUCCCAUAUUUUCUCAAGAAUUUGUCAGGGUCCGGAGGAUCCCAAAAUCUUUGUUUUUGACCUUUAUGUGUAAAAGAUACCACUUCAGAAUAUUCCCAGCAGUGAUAUUUUAAUAAUCAUCCUGGAUGCAUAUCUCUCCCUCACUAUAUCAGGUUAUUGUCUAAAUUGUUUGUUUGUCCUUCUUAAAAAUACAUUUGUUAAAUUCUAGAGAUUAAAUUUGUGAGCCUAUGGAAUUGUAGAAUGAGUUUGUGGCAGUUUUAUGCUUCAGAGAUUAAUUUUUAAGAGACCUAAAUCAAAGACAUAAUCUGAGCAGAAAAAUGAAUGCUUUUCUUUUUUUCUUUUUGUUUCCCCCAGUAAAGGUCCAAGAAGAAAUUGCAAAGGUUGUUGGAUCUUCUCAGCCAAGGAUUGAACACCGAACAAAAAUGCCUUAUACGGAUGCUGUGGUCCAUGAGAUCCAGAGGUUUGCCAAUAUCGUCCCAACCAACCUGCCACAUGCCACGGCUACAGAUGUUACCCUUAAUGGCUACUUCAUUCCAAAGGUGAUCCUUUUCAUUGAACUGCUGCCCACUAGUUACAAUAUAUUUUAAGGCUAUCCUGGGAGUAAGCCUCUUGGACUUCAGUGUGGGUGACAUCUGUGCAGACUUGUAUAGGAUUGCAUUGUAAGCAUGCAAUCUACCCAUCGGAAGGUGUCAGGCAUCAGCUUCAACCCAUUAAACAGAUCUCAGUGGGAAGGAGAACAAGGUUGGAAAAGAAACCAUUUCUAGUGGGAGAUCAUGGUUUAUACAUUAAAGUUUGUCAAACUAAAGACAUUUCUCAGAUGAACUCAAAUCUCAUUUCUCAUACACUAAAUAUUUAUUAUACCAGAGGAAUACACUUUAUUUUAAAAUGACUCUUGCUUUGCCUUUGCAGGGGACAUACAUCAUACCAUUGCUGUCCUCUGUGCUGCACGAUGAAUCUCAAUGGGAGAAACCACAUAAAUUCUAUCCUGAACAUUUUCUUAACUCUGAAGGAAAAUUCGUAAAGAGAGAUGCUUUCAUGCCUUUCUCUGCAGGUAUUUUUUUUUACUUUUGUGUAUACCUGCAUGAUAAUAAUAAUAAUAAUAAUAAUAAUAAUAAUAAUAAUAAUAAUUUAUUAUUUAUACCCCGCCCAUCUGGCUGGGCUUCCCCAGCCACUCUGGGCGGCUACCAAAAGAAUAUUACAAUACUGUGAUACAUCAAACAUUAAAAGCUUCCCUAAACAGGGCUGCCUUCAGAUGUCUUCUAAAAGUCUGGUAGUUGUUGUUCUCUUUGACAUCUGGUGGGAGGGUGUUCCACAGGGAGGGCGCCACUACUGAGAAAGCCCUCUGCCUGGUUCCAUAGUGUGUGCUUAGUCAAUGGGAUUUUUACAUGCCUGGAAUGUAGCCUAUUGUGCAAAGGUAAGAAUCACAUCCGUUGCUGUGGCCAUUUCUGCCACUAGAUCUGGCCACCAUUGGUGUGCGGCCCCUGGAAUGUUGCUCACCAGGGAAUGUGGCCCUCAGGCCGAGAAAGGUUUCCCACCCCUAGUUUUCAGCAUUGCAGGAUGGCUCAUAUUGGGAGGUCAUAAUUCUUUUAAGAUGGGCACCGUGGGCUGUUAUUUUAUCUCUGCAUUUUAGUCUGCUUUAAAGUAUUUGGGAUGUUAUUAAGCAACUGCCUAAACCCAGUUUCUCUGCUGCCUGUGUGUCCUUACAGGUCGGAGAGCAUGUUUAGGUGAGACUCUUGCCAAAACGGAGCUCUUCCUCUUCUUCACAAGUCUCCUGCAGAAAUUCACCUUCCAGCUACCCCCUGGAACAUCUCAAGAAGACCUGGAUCUUACUCCUGCUAUUGGGCUUACAACAUCACCCAUGCCCCACCAACUCUGUGCUCUGCCACGUUUCUAA